AUGUUAGGACCAACCUGGAAGCCCCUUGCUCUAACCACCAUGCUAGGUCUGGAGGGCCCUUGUUGGGUAGGUCCAGGGCCUGAUGGGGGUCUUGCCAUGAGUGAAGAGUUUGGAAAUGUACAACUCUUUGGCAGUGCUCACCAGGCUCUGGGCUCCCUAGGAUCCCUGACUGGGCAUAGCUUUGGCCAUCCAGAGGGUGUGUGCUCUGAUGCAGAGAGUAGCAUUAUUGUGGCUGAUGAGCAGAGGCACCAACCCAGUCCUUCCCCACAUUCAAAAUCAACUCUGUUUCCAGGGGUUGGGCCACCUAUCUGCUUGCAGUUGGAGGGACUAGAGAGGCCCUUGGGUAUGGCCUGUGCACCCCAAGGCCAACUAGUGGUGGCAGAUGCAGGGGACAACUACAUUAAAGUGUACCAGUAUCUGGGGAAGACGGCCUGA